AUGUCUAUUCCCCAGACGGCGCGCCAAUACGAGGUCCAUGCUGCUGGCUCCGUUGAAGGACUAAAGCUUGUGGACGUACAGGUUCCAAAACCCAAAUCUACGGAGGUCCUGGUGAAAAUCAGGGCUGUCUCUCUGCAAUAUCGUGAUCUUCUCGUCGUCAACGGCGCGUACCCCGCUCCUGUCCUGGACAACGUAGUGCCGGGCAGCGACAUGGCAGGCGACGUCGUGUCUGUCGGCGAAGACGUGGCAGAGUGGGCAGUCGGCGACCGUGUGAUGGCGAACUUCUACCCCGAUCUACUUCAUGAGGAUGCCAUGAGUCCAGAGAUUAUAGGCAACACCCUUGGGGCGGCUGUCAAUGGUGUUUUGGCGGAGUAUCGAGUAUUCCCUGCACAUGGCCUGGUCGCUAUUCCUGACCAUCUGUCCUACGAAGAAGCGUCUACACUCCCGUGUGCGGCACUGACCGCGUAUAAUGCGCUCAUCGAUGGCUUCGAGCAGGUCAAGGCGGGUGAUACGCUGCUGAUACAAGGGACGGGCGGAGUAUCCAUAUUCGGGCUGCAAUUUGCCGUUGCUUCAGGUGCAACAACCAUCGUCAUAUCCUCCUCCGACGCAAAGCUCGCUGUGGCCACGAAACUCGGCGCACGGCACACCAUAAACUAUGCCACGACGCCCGACUGGGACGCAGAAGUGCUCCGGCUGACCAACGGCCGCGGCGUUGACCGUGUUUUGGAGGUCGUCGGCAACUCAUCGCUCCGCAAAUCGAUUGCAGCCACCAGGCUCGGGGGAAGUAUAGAUAUUCUCGGCUUUCUGGGCGGACUGGACACUGAGGCAGCCGUUGAUAUCAUCGGCCCGAGCAUUUGGAAGCAACUGAAGAUACGCGGGCUCAGCGUAGGUAGCGUUGCACAGCUCAAAGCAAUGACCCGCCUGAUGGCCGCCAACACCGAGACUACGCGGCCAGUGGUCGAUAAAGUCUUUGCAUGGGCGGCGGCGCGGGAUGCGUUCGCGUAUAUGCAGGCACAGAAUCACGUCGGCAAGGUGGUUGUUCGGGUCGCCUAA